GUUGCUUGCUUGCUUGCUUAACGAAGGGAAGGGAAAGGAAGGGCAGGCUGGUGGUGGUGGUUUCAGAGAGAGAGAGAGAGAGAGAGGGAGGGAGUUGCUUUCCUUAAGACUGAGCAACGUGCAGCCCAGCGAAGAGAGUAGAAUUGCUUUCCACCUUCGCCAUUUUGACUCUCUCAUGCGUACGUUAGAGAGUCCGUGGGUUCGCCAUCGGAGCUCUUACACAGAGUGUGUGGUUAAGGAUUUUGGACUCUGCUCUGCUGCGAGACUGACUCAGUGCGUGCUGCUGUUGUUGAUGAUGAUGGUUUGAUUUCAUGCGACCGCCAAUUGUUGAGCGGUUUUCAGGGAUCUUUCAUUGCCUGCGUUCUUUGAAUGUUAUGUCUGGUACAACAGGUACGAUUCAAUCUUCUCUCUUAUUCUGUUGCCUUUGUUCAGUUGUCUUUUGAUUCAAGCUUUUACGUUUGGUUAGAUCGGCGUGUUUUCAUCCGGACAUGAUUUUGUUGGUCUGUCUGGCGGAAGCUGAAAGUGAGACCUCUGUCCCCGUGUUCGAUUGAGGAUUACACUUCCGUGUUGUACAUCGAAACUUUCUGCAGCUGUUCCGGUGGCCGACUCCCACCUCCUGUUUUCGGUUUUCAAGUCUUUGAUACUCCCACCGACGUCGUGUUUCUAAACAUGUUCGGCACGAAGAAAAAUUGUACCCAGCGAAUGUAGCCCUGGUAUCAAACCGUGGCUGAUCUAACUGGGUUUCAAAAUAGACUUAUAUGUUGGAAGACUUUAACUUUGAAUGAAAUUCAAUCCAAGAGGGAAAUUUUAGGUCCUCCAUUCCCUUACUGCUGCUGUUGGGUUGAAGAAAUUGUAUAACACGUGUUCGCUAUAUGACCACAUCUCAUAGUUUUUCCAGAACCUUUGUGACAGGGAUGUAAGGGGAGCCUGGUGAUUACGAGUCCACGCAUUGCGACGAGAUCAUGUAUUUGCGAGUGUUGGGCACAGACGACAAGGCUGAUGUCAAGAAAGAUUGCAGAAAUCCUCCUUUGAGAGGCAUCAUUGUAAGGGCACCUGGGUGAGGAAACCGGAUAAGACUACGAUGCAAUAGGAGGUGAAUAUUUCGUCGUAUUCGAUCGACUGGAAAACCGUUGAUUGAUGGCAAGAAAGUUUAUAUUUACAGCAGGUAUCAAAUUUGACCAGAUUCGCACACGAAUAAUGGCGCACGGCAAAUGAUAAUUCAUGUAAACGAAUCCAAUUCAGCAGUGCUAAACCUGUGAGGUUGUAUACUGAAUUGGACCUCGAAAUUGAACAUCGAUGAGGGAGUGAGAAGCCAUUAGAUUGACCGUACAUAUUCCAUCACAAGUAAAGACAGUUUCAAACAUCUGCAAUCGCUAAAUUUCACCUUUUCGUCGUCUCGGGAAAGAUGAAGUCGGAGGGUUUUGCCUAUGCCGCCAUGGCGGCAGCAGGACACAGCUGCAUUGAUGCCAGCCGGAAGUUAGCAGCACAAAAGUUUACGUCAACAGAGUUAGUUGGAUUGGUGGGUCUUCUCGAUGCGGCUUUCCUUUCAUCUGUAAUGUUUGGGACUGGCAUGUUCGAUUCGAAUACCAUUUCGCAGUUAGCUGAUGUCAACAUGUUCUUAGAGGUGCUUGUUGGGAGUUCGUGUAUAAAGGUUGUGGUAGGAUAUAUGUAUCAACGGGCCUUGCACGUUUCUCCUCUUUCGGUGACUGUGCCUUACUUAGCAUUCACUCCUGUUCUUUUGGUAUUUACUAGUUAUUUAGUUAUGCGGGAGUCACCUAGCACGCAAGGUAUGCUGGGAGUGGCGAUUGUCACUCUGGGAGGUUAUUUGCUGGCUAUUGACCAGUCUGGGGAUGCGGAGGGGAAGAAACCUAAGGGGGCAAAAACAUUUACUCCGUCUGAGAGUUACUUAGUUUCAGUUUUACCAAAUUCAGCAGUUCCGGGAAUGAAGCUUGAGAAGAAAGAAGACAAAGAGAGUGAUCAGGUGCUCAUCACUGUGAACGAUAAUGAUAACGCCACGAAGGAUGUGCCAACUCCAGCUCGCACGAGAACCUACAAAAAGGCCAUUGAAUGGAUAUCCAAAGGUAGAAGUCCCUUGUUGGAUCCAAUUUUGGCUUUGAAAAAAGAGGAAGGUAGUUUACUUAUGCUCGGAGUUGCUGCUUUGCUUAGCCUCAGCAACAGUUUUGACAAACUAGGAGCUCACAUGGCACCAUCUUUUGUUGUUUUUGCUGCUCUUCAGCGAAUUCUAAUGGCUAUACCAGUUGUCCUUUACUUAGCAUUCACGAGCCCAUCUUCAUUCAAGCAUUUGUUUCGCCACUUCCCACUCAUGGCAGGAAUUUCUAUAUUUGAGUGCGGAGCAAUCUUAUGCUACUUGAAAAGUUUAGAGACUUUACUGGUUGCUUAUUCCAUUGCUGCCAAACGCAGCAAUGUAUUGCUCUCCGUAAUCGUGGGGCACCUCAUAUUCAAGGAACGUAUCUGCAGGAGAUUGCCAUAUGUGUUUUUGAUGGUGGGAGGGAUGAUUCUUAUUCUUCUAGCUUAGAUUUUAAGAUUUGAAGAUCCCCACCACUAAGUUAACACAAUUGUAUGCUCAAAGGUAUCACUUAUUCAUUUAUUUUAUUCUUCACUGUUCAAGACAAUCAUCUUACAUCCCCUGGUUACAAGAGUAAAUUCCUUAUCUUUGAACUUUA